AUGCCAUUCAGCCUCGAUGGUCUUGUGUCCACUUCCAUUUCCUGUGUAGAGAUGCACACAUCGGGGGAACCAACACGAAUAAUACUAUCCGGCUUCCCAGAACUGACCGGAACUCUGAUGGAACAACGAGCGCAGGCGAAGGAAAACUUUGACCAAUAUCGUCGGUUCUUGAUGUUGGAGCCCCGCGGCCAUCGGGAUAUGUAUGGUGCAAUUCUUCGUCCAGAGACAGAACUAGUCAAGGUCGGAGAGGCCGAUUUUGGCGUGCUCUUUAUGCAUAAUGAAGGGUUCUCAACGAUGUGUGGACAUGCCACGAUUGCCCUAGGUCGUUUUUUGGUUGAUUGCGACGACGAGCAGAUAUUUCCGAGGAGGAAGUUGUUAAAACAUGAUACCGAGACACAGACAACAGCGAUUAAGCUUCAUGUGCCAUGUGGAGUUGUUGACGUAAGUGUUCCGACGCUGUCAAAGGGAAAGUCUGAUCCGUCUCGUCCGGUCUCCUUCGUAUCUGUGCCGUCGUUCGCCACGGGAAUCUCGGUGACAAUUUACUUGCCUAAGGAAAACCGAUGGCCAGAAUUGGGGGGCCGCGAAUCUAUCACCGCGGACUUUUGUUACGGUGGCGCCUACUACUGUGUUAUCAGUGUAAGCGAGCUCGGCUUCCCUCAAGGCAUUUCAGAAGACCACAUUCAAAAACUAUCCCACGCAACAGCGCUCCUCAAAAAGACAGUCAACGAGAACUCAGACCUGUCAUAUCUUACUCGCCACGUACAAACCGCCGAACAGGGCGUUUUAUACUCGGUUCUUAUUGUCGAUGAUACGAAGCGUGAGAAUGUUCUGUCAGAUUCUGAAAUAGGACUUUGCUUCUUUGCGAACCAGCAGAUAGAUCGGUCUCCAACUGGUGGCUCCGUAGCUGCGCGAAUCAGCCUUGCUUAUGCCAAGGGAGAUCUGUUGAUCGGGGAGCAGCGGAAGUUUGAUUCUAUUUUCACAGCGUCGGGCACAGGGCUCAAAGGAUUCAUCGGUUCAGCUUUUGAAGAGGUGAAGAAUGAAGGCGAAGCGGACGGCUCUCGGAAGAACACCUGCGUAAGGGUCAAAGUCGAAGGAUAUGCAAAUUACAUGGGAUAUUCCACCUUUGUGGCAGAAAAGACGGAUGGUCUUGGUGUGAACGGGUUUUUCAUUUAA